GAAGCCAUGUAUCCCAGACCGUGGCUGUAACGGCGCGCUUGGAAGAAAACAGAAAAUAAGGAAUUGAGCUAAAGCAUUCGAGAUUUAAAUUGGGAUUACUAGUCUUUAUCGGAUUUUGAACGUUGAGGUAUUCAAAAAAGUUACCAGCGAGGCUCCGAUCCCCAUGACCGAUUCAGCUAUACCCGCACUCCCGUUUCCCUGGCGUUGAUGCGCCCAUCCUCUCAAGCACUGGUGUGUGUGUGUGUGAGGGAGUGAGGGAGCGAGUCUGUUGGCAAGUCAUCAUCAUCCUCAUCAGUGUGUAGUGGGAACAGGAGGCAGCGCUGGUGGUCGAGGAGGAGGGUGGUGGUGGAGGGGGGGUAUCCCAACCCACUGUGGGAGUGUGUGUCCUGUGGAUAUCAACCGUCACCAACGUUUUGUCCAAUCCUCCCCGCUGAGAAGAAGAGGAGGACGGGGGGGUCGGGUCAGUGUGUUGGCCGAGUUGGUUGGUGUCAGUGUGCAUCCCGUGGGUCAUCUCCAUCAAGCUGAAGAGAGGAGGAGGAGGGCCGGGAGAUUGGGUUGGCUUGGUUCUUGGUGUCAGGGUGGUGGGGGGUAGGGGGGUGCGUCUGGCGCUCGUGAUUUGGGCAGCGGGGGCCGGGCCACCCGAAGAUGAGCAGGCGCGCCUUCCAUAACAACAAGACCAUGCAAGACCGCCGCUCCGUCUGUGUGUUCCUCCCCAACGACGACACGCUCAACGUCAUCGUCAGUGUUAAGACUCUGUGUCAAGAACUCCUGGUGCAGGUGUGCGAUCUGCUGAGGCUCAAGGACUGCCACUUGUUUGGACUCAGUGUCAUUCAGAACAAUGAGCAUAUCUACAUGGAACUUGGCCAGAAAUUGUCCAAGUAUUGUCCCAAAGAGUGGCGGAAAGAGGCCAGCAGGGGCAUUGAUCAGUUUGGGCCGCCGAUGAUUGUCCACUUCAGAGCCCAGUAUUAUGUGGAGAACGGCCGACUUAUUAGUGACCGCUCGGCGCGGUACUACUACUACUGGCACCUGAGGAAGCAGGUGCUGCAGUCGCAGUGCAUCCAGAGGGAGGAGGCCUACUUCCUGCUGGCCGCCUUCGCCCUGCAGGCCGACCUGGGCAACUUCAAACGCAACAAGCACUUUGGGAAAUACUUUGAGCCCGAGGCCUACUUCCCACCCUGGGUGAUUGCCAAGCGUGGCAGGGAGUACAUCUUGAGGCACAUCCCCAACAUGCAUAAGGACCAGUACGCGCUGACGGCCUCUGAGGCCCACCUCAAGUACAUCAAGGAGUCGGCACAGCUAGACGACGUCACCGUGCACUACUACCGCCUCUACAAGGAUAAAAAAGAAGUGGAGGCUUCUCUUACUUUAGGGCUGACAUUGCGGGGAAUCCAGAUAUUUCAGAAUGUGGGUUCAGUGCGGCAACUCCUGUACGACUUCCCCUGGACCAAUGUUGGCAAGCUGGUGUUUGUGGGUAAGAAGUUUGAGAUCCUGCCGGACGGUCUGCCAUCGGCGCGGAAGCUCAUCUACUACACCGGAUGCCCCCUGCGCUCCCGCCACCUCCUGCAGUUGCUAAGCAACAGCCACCGCCUCUACAUGAACUUGCAGCCUGUGCUCAAGCAAGUGCGCCGCUUGGAGGAGAACGAAGAGAAGAAGCAGUACCGCGAGUCCUACAUCAGCGACGCCCUGGAGCUGGACAUGGACCAUCUGGACGGCCGCUCGCGCGCCAGCGGCAGCAGCAUGGGAAGCGUGUCGCGCCACAAGCGCCUGUCGCGACACUCCACCGCCAGCCACGGCAGCUCGCACACCUCCGGCGUGGACACGGGCAGCUUCCGGGCGCCGCCGGGCCAGGGCCUGCCGGGUGCCCUCUCCUGCGUGGUCUCCAGGGCCCCCGUCCGCACCGGCAGCUCCUCCACCAACAGCCACGCCAGCACCAGCACGCACACCUCUGGGGUGGAGAGCAGCGGGAAGGAGAGGGGCCUGCUGGAUGAUGAUGACGACGAUGAGAUUGAGAUGCUGGUGGAUGACCCUAAGGACUACGAGGAGCUUCAUGAGCUGGCUCUGGAGCUCAACCAGGACCUCUGCAUACACAUCACAGAGGACAUGCUGACAUCCAGCCCCACCAAUGGAUACUCAGGUUUGGUGGUGAAGGACGUGAGCUCAUCCACCUCCAGCUCAUCAGAGACUGUCGUUAAGAUGAGGGGCCAGAGCAUCGAGUCCCUACCCCAGACGGUGGUGUGUAAGAAGGCCGGGAGUUCCACCGACCGCCACAGCCAAUCACUGGACGACGUGCGUCUCCACCAGAGGGCCGCGGCAGGAGGCUCGGAGUGGGCGGAGCUGUGCCCGGAUACGGGGACACAGGCGCACAGCUACACCUUCGGAUGCGCCCAGGAGCUGGACGCGGCAGUGGCAGCUGCCACGGGGUACCAGGGAACCUUGGCCGAACAGUGUGCGGGCAUCCGCGGGGACCAGUCGGCGUUCCCCAUCAAGCGCACCAACAAGUACUUCUCCCUUGACCUCACCACGGAUGAAGUGCCCGAGUUUGUGGUGUGAGACGAGGAAGGGAGACUUCAUGUUACGUGUACCAAACAUGCUCACAGUCCGACAAACACUGACUCAACACACACAUGCACACACAUGUACACACACGUACACAUUCACACACACGCAGACACUCAGACACAACCUCACACACGGCGAUGGCUUCAGAUAUUGCAUACCAAGGACAAAACUGUACGUGACAUACUGCACGUGCAUGGGACAUAUCUGGUGGAAUCUCGCAGUGUGGUAGCUGGUCCAAUGUAGGACAUUGCAAUCAGCAAGAGUUGGACAAAAUUGUACAUCGAAAUCGGAAUUGGUUACAAGUCCACUGAGUGCAAAAGCCAGGAACUGGGAAUGACUUUCGAAACAGGAGACGUAAGGGAAAAGACCAGACUGUUCUCAUUAAUAUCAAUUUAAUAUGAUGGAUUAUAUAUAAAUGAAUAUAUAUAUUAUAUAUAUUAAAACAAGUCUUUUUUUUAAAUAAGCAUGAACUCUAACGACGAGGAGGUAUCUGGGUUGUGUUUUGAAAGAGAGAGGGGGAAGAAAAGAGAUGGAAAAGAAAAUUGUUAUUAAUCCAUGCAUGCACCUUUUUCCUCUCGUCAGUUUUUGUCGAUUUUUGCAUAUGAAUUAAGUGCCACGAUUCCUGGACAUCUCUCUCUAUCUUAACCAUGCACACACCCAUGAAUAGAAAUGAUACAAACUUGUACGAGCUAUGAACCAAAGACUGAGUUUUUUAUGAAGAUUCUUUUGUGGAUUGGAGCUGACUGUGUUAUGGUAUGGCACACUUGGAAUGGCUCAGCAAUGAAAUAACCACAACAAAGGUACCGCCAUGGGCAAUUGGACGGGGAAAAAAUCUGGAAAAUGCCCUCUUAACGACAUCAAGGAAACAGGUGUCUCAAUCAAUCAAUUAGCCCCGCCUCGGACUUUCAAACACAACAAAAAAGUACUUUUGAUUGGAACGAAUGGCCGGAUGAUGGACAUUAUGACGAGGAGAGAGUAAUGGAUGGGUAGCGAGCACAUUGUCCAGGUCUCGUUUGUGCCAAGACGUGUGUUGUGCCAAUACCCCCGUCGCCUACCCGAUGUUGCCUAAUAAUAACUGUCCCAGACCCCAAAUACCCCACUUACAUCUCCCCCACCCCACCCCACUUACAUUUCCCCCACCCCACCUCACUUACAUUUCCCCCACCCCACCCCACCCCACCUGACGGACAGCAGACUGCCAUAACCAAACCUCUUGUGCCUUUGAAAAGAAAAUGCUAUGCAGGUGCUGUGAUCAUUUGUAAGCCUUGACAAUCUCACAUUGUACUCAUCCACUUAACUGUCUCUCAAACACACACGCACUAAAACACACACACACACACACACACACACACACACACACACACACACACACACACACACACACACACACACACACACACACACACACUCUCUCUCUCUCUCUCUCUCUC